CAGACAGAGGAUCGAGCAGUACAACUCCCUGACCAAAGACCACUUUAAAAUGACAAUGAAUCCUACUGGUGUGUACACCGGUUUCAUCAAAGUCCAGAUGGAUCUGACGAGGCCGGUGACGGUGCGGGGGCGUCAGAGAGGAGCCAUGGGGGAGGAGGCCUUCUAUCUGCCCCGAGGAGUCACCAACACCCUCCACAUCAGUUCCCAUAACACCGUCAAACAGGUGAUUAUUGCCCUGUUGAGAAAGUUCACAGUCGCUGACAACCCGGCCAAGUACGCCCUGUACAAACGCUGUCGCCGGGAUGAGCAAGUGUAUGUGUGCAAGCUGGUAGAUGGCGAGCAGCCGUUGUUUCUGCGUCUGAUGGCAGGGCCCGACCCCGACACGCUCAGCUUCGUACUGAGAGAACAGACGGGAGAACUCAUGUGGGACGCCUUCUCCAUCCCUGAGCUGUGUAAUUUCCUGCGGUUCCUUGACAAGGAGGAGGAGGAGCAGAAGGAGGCGGUGGUUCGCCGUUACGAGGCGUACCGUCACAGACUGCAGGAGGCGCUGAGGGAGGUCCGAGGGCCUUCUUAAAGGACUGAACCUCCUUAGAACAAGAUUACUGAUGGAAAGAGGGACGUGAAGACUGAAUGAGAAGAGAUCUAGUGCCUGGAGGAAGGGAUGAUGCAGACUGACAGAGGGGUGACAGAAAUGAUGAUGAGAGGAGUGAAAGACAAGUGAAUGAAAGGGAUGAAAUUUGGAUGGAUGCUGAUGGAGGUCGACUUCAGCCUGCUGCCUGCUCUGCUCCGUCUGCCUUCAGCCACCAGCGAUUCACUCCGAUUAUCACUGUGCCAUAUUUUCUCUCCCUCUUUGCAUCCAUCCCUCUCUUCUUCUUCUUCUCCUCUCACUCUGAUCUGCUGUCAGAUAAUUUAUGCAGUUCGUCUGAUUCCUCUGUUUCACAGUUUUCAUCCUUUAAACUUGUGAAAGACUCAAGGCUAUAUGUGGAGUUUUAUUUUUGUUUUAAAGGUCUGUACAUAAUUUUUUUUUCUUAAUUUAUAUGAAUGGAUAAUUUUAUUG